CACCAAAACCCCACAUCACGAUCACAGUUACAAAAUUAAAAUCAAAACUCAAAUCAAACAACAGCCGAACAGACCCAAUCAAUCUGCGCGGAAACCCUAGAAUUCUUGAGAAAAUGUCAGCGGCAGUUUGUGGAAGCAAGAGAUCUUUCUUUCUUGAAGACGUUCCUUCGCCUCCUGUUUCCAAAAGGAUUCGCUGUAGCUCCUCUUCUACAUCUCCUGUUCGUUUUUCUCCUCCUUCUCUUUCCCCUGUCCACCAUCUCAAAGCUAUCUUUCCUCACAUUCAUUCUCAGCUUCUUGAAAGAGCGCUGGAAGAAUGCGGUAAUGAUUUGGAUUCCGCUGUCAAGAUCUUAAAUGAGCGCCCUCUGGAAUCUGCAGAGCAUAAUUCAGCCUCCGUUGAAGAAGCUGGUCUAAAUGUGGAGCAAGGUACAUUGCCCAAUGAUGGGGAUGCUGCUGCUUCUGAAAAUACAUCAGCGCCAAGCAACCUUCCUGCUGAUGGUGCAGAAUGGGUGGACUUGUUUGUAAGGGAAAUGAUGAAUGCUACUAGUGUUGAUGAUGCCAGAGCCCGUGCGUCAAGGGUGCUGGAGAUUUUAGAGAAAUCUAUCAGUUCGCAUGCUGCCAAAGAGACAGCUCAGAGUUUUCAGAAGGAAAACACAAUGCUAAAAGAGCAUGUUGAAGUAGUGGUCCGAGAGAAUACCAUACUCAAAAGAGCUGUGUCAAUCCAGCAUGAACGUCAGAAAGAGUUUGAGGAUAAAAAUAGAGAGUUGCAGCAGGUGAUAUCUCAAUAUCAAGAAAAGUUGAAAACUCUUGAGAUGAAUAACUAUGCAUUGAUGAUGCAUUUGAGACAGGCCCAGCAAAGCAGCCCUAUCCCAGGACGAUUCAAUCCUGAUGUCUUUUAAUUAAGAUUUGAAUUUAUUAUGAAGAUAAGUCUAGAAAUACAUAACAACAUUACGUGGGUUUAGUGCUGAGUUUGCCAUAGUUUGUGCACGUUAACCAUAUCGAAUUUGCCAUGUAUGUCCUCCAAUUCAAUGGAUAUGACAAGCCACUAACUUGGAGUGGCUUUUAACAAAAAAGAAUUUUCAAAUGAUUUAUCUUUUAAGUUAUUUUUGCAGCAAAUUACGACACAGUAUGGUAUAUCUUGUAUCUUACAGUCUCUUUUAUCAUGUAACUCUUGUUGAUUUUUCCUUUCCUGAAAGAUUCUGGAAAUGUGUCAGCAAUUACGUUCCCCUGAAGAACAUAAGGUGCAUGUUUUGUGUAAUGGAGAAGAUUGUGGCUGCUUUACGUUGA